AUGAUUGUUUCUAACGAUUGUUCUAUACCACAACAUGAUUCAAGUGAAUCGCAGCGGUUAGAUUUAAAUGUAGUUGCAGACGAAACUGAGGAAACGGUAAUAAUUAAAAAUUUAGAAGACCCCGCUGAAUGGGGCAUUAUUGACAGAAAACUGCGAGUUGAAUUAGUUGAAAUGGGUCCUAUUCAAAAGAAAAAUAUUAUUUAUCCCAAGGAUACUCACGGUCGCAAAUUUAAUUAUUCAUAUUAUAAUAGAAAAAUGGAAAACGGGGAGUUGGUGCCUAGAACAUGGCUUAUUUAUUCUGAAAAAUUGGAUCGGGUUUUUUGUUUCUGUUGUAAACUCUUUGCAUCUAACAAAACUAAUAGUUUUUUAGAUGGUUAUAGCGAUUGGAGAAAUCUUAGUACAAGUUUGCAUAGACAUGAGACUAACCUAACUCAUAUGAGAAUUUUUUUACAAUGGAAAGACUUAGAUAAGAGCUUAAAAAACAAAACCACGAUUGAGUAUCAGACUCAAAGCUUAUAUGAGAUGGAAAAGAGGCAUUGGAGGAGUGCUUUAGAACGCAUUAUAGAAAUAAUAAAAUUUCUUGCUAGCCAAAAUAUAGCCUUUCGAGGAUCAUCUGAUAAAUUAUAUGAGAGCAACAACGGCAAUUUCUUAAAAUUAAUUGAGCUGUUUGCAAAAUUUGAUCCAGUUAUAGAAAAUCAUAUUCAUAGAGCUCUUCAACCGAACAAUAAAGUUCACUAUUUGAGUAAGAAAAGCCAAAAUGAACUGUUAGAAAUUUUAAGUAAAGCGAUAAGGGAUAAAAUUUUACUCUCGCUACGAAAAUCUAAAUAUUAUUCAAUAAUAUUAGAUUGUACACCUGAUGCAAGGCGUGGUUUAUGUUCUACAAUAAUAGAUAAUUUGAAAAAAUGGAACAUUCCCAUUGAAGACAUGCGUGGUCAGGGUUAUGACAAUGGAGCAAAUAUGAAAGGGAAAAAUAAUGGGCUGCAAAAAUUACUUUUAACUAAAAGUCCUAGAGCUUUUUUCGUACCUUGUGCAGCGCACACUCUAAAUUUAAUGAUUAACGAUGCAGCUAAACAACCUUCAGAUACACGAUGGGAAAGUAGGAUUAAUGCAAUUCGGCCCUUACGUUAUCAGUUAGGAGAAGUUUAUGAUGCGCUUUUUGAUAUUGUAAAUAAUGAAAAUUUUAAUAAAGAAAUUCAACAUGAAGCACAAGCCUUAGAAUCUAUUGAAAAUUUAAAAAUAUUUAUGCAAGAUUAUCGGUCAGAAUUAAAAUUUGAGGAUGUUCUAAAAACUGCAAAAGAACUGAGCGAAGAGGUGGAUGGAGAACAAGAAUUUAAAAGUAGUUCGGAAGUGCGACAACGAAAGAAGAAACGACAAUUUGAUUACGAGCAACACGACGAAUGUCCACGAUCUCCACAAGAAAAAUUUAAAUUAGUCGUUGUACUAGCUACAGAGCACCGAUUUGAACGUUAA